AUGGCGAGGAGAGAGGUUAACAGAGAUAGGGAUGAAGUAUGGGUCAAACUCUAUUCAUCGAACCAUCAGCUACUUCUCGUUGGUGAAGGAGAUUUUUCGUUCUCUUGUAGCUUAGCCACUCGCUUCGGCUCUGCUUCCAAUAUAUGUGCUUCCUCUCUUGAUUCAUACGAUGAUGUAGUUAAAAAGUACGAGAAAGCAAGAUCAAACCUUCACACUUUGAAGAGACUUGGAGCUUUUCUUUUACAUGGAGUUGAUGCAACCAAACUGCAAAGAGAUCCUGAUCUUAAUUGCAGAAGAUUUGACAGAGUCAUCUUCAAUUUCCCGCACGCCGGUUUCCACGGCAAAGAGUCUGAUCCUUAUCUUAUACGGAAGCAUCGGAAUCUAGUGUAUGGAUUUUUCCAUUGCGCAAGCCGUAUGCUAAGAGCUAACGGAGAAAUUCAUGUCUCUCACAAGAACAAAGCACCUUUUCGUGACUGGAAUCUCAAGGAGCUCGCUAGCAGAUGUUCUCUUGUGCUGAUUCGAUGUGUGGCUUUCAAGAAGAGCGAUUAUCCUGGUUAUGAAAACAAGAGAGGCGAUGGGUCCAGGUGUGACCAGCCUUUCAUUUUAGGAGAUUGCAGUACUUUCAGGUUUCACGUUGCUAAGGAACUUUAUACAGAGAAGGUGAAAUGGAGAGGAGUAAAGGAACGAGAAUCAAAGCAUCAUCAAACGUUAACACGGACGAGCUUUCCUCAUCAGUACACUAAAGAAUCUCGAGAUGAGUUUGCAGUACAAGCUAGUCAAGAACCAUUAUUGGACUGCUCUAACCGCUUCAAUGGAGUUUCUCAUGGAAUUUACAAGGGGAAGAAACGAAAAAUGUUAAUACGGACCAGCUUUGUUCAUCCGUACACUGGAGAAUCACGAGAACGAAGCAUGAGUGAACUUCAAGGAGCUUCUGAGGAUAUCUUUAAUGGAAACAAGGCUGACUACUAA